CCCCCUCCCCUCCCACGCCCUGUCCCGCCCCCGGGAGCUGCCAAAUCGAACGGUUGAUAGAAAAGACACAACUCCAGGAAUCACUCUGGAAACGUUCUCCGCACCGUCUCCCCAGCACAGCAGCAGGUGAAAGGAUGGAGACCCACAGCCAGGUUCUGGACAAGUUGCGCUCAGCGUUUCGGUCGGGUAUCACGGUACCAGAGGCGUUCCGCCAAACUCAGCUAAAACAGCUCAUGUCCCUGAUGACAGAAAAUGAAGAGCAGAUUUUAGAUGCACUGAAGAAAGACCUUGCCAAGCCAAAAUUUGAGUCCAUCAUAGCUGAGGUGGAUAUCGUGAUCAAUGAGCUGCACUUCACCAUCGCUAACCUGAACAGCUGGAUGCAGCCGGAGUACGUCAGCAAAAACCUGGCCACAAAGCUGGAUGAGUGUUUUGUGCGGAGGGAGCCGUUGGGGGUGGUGUUGAUCAUCGGCCCGUGGAACUACCCACUGCAACUCCUCCUCUCACCGUUGAUCGCUGCCAUUGCUGCAGGUAACUGUGCGCUCAUCAAGCCUUCAGAGGUCAGCGCCGCCACAGACGCUCUCGUCGCAGAGCUCAUCCCCAAAUAUAUGUCUCAGGACUGUUACGCAGUGGUCCGCGGUGCAGCAGAGGAGACCAAGGCUCUACUGACGAACCGAUUUGACCACAUCUUCUACACAGGUUCUCAGGCCGUGGCGCGCCACAUCCUGCGUGCGGCCGCGGACCAUCUGACCCCGGUGACUUUGGAGCUGGGUGGGAAGUGUCCGUGCCUGAUAUACGGUAAGGUGAACAUCAACUAUGCUGCUCGCCGCCUGGCCUGGUCCAAGUUCUUUAACACGGGCCAGAGCUGCGUGGCUCCGGACUUCCUGGUGUGCUCGAAGGCCACGCGGGACGCCCUGCUGCCCGCACUGAGACAAACCCUGGAGGAUUUCUACAGCAAAGAGCCUGAGAGCUCCUCCGACCUGCCCCGCAUCGUGUCCCCAAGACACUGGACCCGGCUCAUGGAGCUGUUCAAGAGGUCCAAGGGAAAGGUGGUGAUGGGAGGAGAGAGCAACGAGGAGGACAAGUACAUUGCUCCCACAGUGCUGGUGGAUGUGGCUGAAGAUGACGCUCUGAUGGAGGAGGAGAUCUUCGGCCCUUUCCUGCCCAUCCUCACCGCCGAGACUCUGGAGGAAGCCAUCGCAUUAAUCAACCGCCAAGAGAAGCCACUGGCCCUCUACGUGUUCUCUGAAGAGUCCUCUGUGGUGAACACGGUGCUGGAGAAGAGCAGCAGCGGAGGAUUCUGCUCCAACGACGGGAUCAUCCACAUGGCGCUGCCGACGCUGCCAUUCGGGGGUGUAGGGGCCAGCGGUUUCGGCAGUUACCACGGUCGCUGGGGCUUCGAGAGACUCAGCCACCAGAGGGCCGUCAUGCUGCGGGGGUGGACCUUGGAGAGACUCAACGGCCUGCGCUAUCCCCCCUACACAGAGGACAAGCUGAGCUGGCUGCGCUGGACCACCUCUGCCAAACCCAGCUGCUCACUCAUGUGACGUGUGUGUGUGUGUGGUGUGUGUGUGUGUGUGUGUGUGUGUGUGUGUGUGUGUGUGUGUGUGUGUGUGUGUGUGUGUGUGUGUGUGUGUGUGUGUGUGUGUGUGUGUGUGUGUGUGUGUGUGUGUGUGUGUGUGUGUGUGUGUGUGUGUGUGUGUGUGUGUGUGUGUGUGUGUGUGUGUGUGUGUGUGUGUGUGUGUGUGUGUGUGUGUGUGUGUGUGUGGUCCCUUUCUCUUAGCAUGACACAUCUUUUUGCCACUAUUAUGUAUUUUCAUUGAUACUGAUACACCCACACUUUAUUUUGUAGUUCUCUUGAAGUCACAUUGAUACUGCGCAGCUUUGUUUUAUUAGUGAAACCUUUUGAAACGGCUGAUGUGUUUAAUACACUGAUAUAUUUACCUGGGUAAACGGAGAAUGGGGUUACAGGUACGGUUUUUGUUUUUAUCUCCGUAUAGGAUGACACUGUACUGUUUUUUACUGUUUUCCAUGAAAUACUACUAAUAAAUUUGUCUUUCAUUGAUGAACAA